UGGCAAUGUCUAGUCUGGCAAGUGAUUGGCAGCUACGCGUUUCCUUGUGUGGAGACGCCAAUGUAGGCAAGACAUCGCUGUUUCUGCGCUUCAGUAAGGAGGACGAGUGCACAGAACGAGAAAUCACACACGAGACGAAGAAAGAGAGGACGGUCGGAUCAGAUGACAGCACCAAGUCAUUUCUAGUCGGACGGAAGUCACUUCGAGUAACCCUUCAUGAUACUGCUGGUCAGGAGCUGCAUCAGAGGAGUCUCACUGGUAGUGUGUAUAGACGUGCACAAGCCAUUCUAUUUGUGUGUGCUGUGGAUGACGACGAGUCACUCAUCUCGCUCAGUAAUUGGCUGCGAGAUGCAAAGAAUUACAACAGCGAUGCUCGCUACUAUGUGAUUGCCAACAAGAUAGACUUGCAGGCGAGUGAUGAGGAAGAUGAGAGUUUUAUAUCGGAUCAGAUGCUCGAUGACUUUGUGGAAACGCAUCAUAGUGACUACCCGAUAUGCAGAGUGUUUAGAACGUCGGCGUUGAAGAACACGAACGUGAAGGAAAUGUUUGAUACGAUUGUGACCGAAUUGGCAGACGCGGCAGUGCCGAAAGCCAUUAGCCUUCCUAUUGAUAUCAAUACAAAGCAAGGAAAAUGUUGCAACUGACAUGUAGGAAAUGGGAAAUAGGGUUAAUUAAUGGAUUCUGAUGUAUUGCUGGAACGAUAUUUUUCAGUUAUGAUUGAAUGUGGCAAUAGAAUUUUGUAUAGUUUGGUGAAGCGUAGAA